CUCUCUCCUCUCUCCUCUACCCCUACCCUACAUCUCCGGACUACCUCGCUGCAAACGAUUUCGCCAUCCGAGAACGGCUUAGGGUUUCCCGGCUGCCGUGGGGCCAACCGGAUCGGUGUGCGGCGGGAGUCAGCGUCAAAUCAUUCAAUAAUAGUAACUAAUGUCCUGUCGGUCAAAAUCUUGCUGAAUGUACACCGCGUCUUCGCCCCGUCGCAUGGCGGCCUUUCCCUUCCUGUCGCCAGACGAAUUCCAUGGCGCCUGUCGCGCAUUGCUGGCCCGCGUUCACGCGGUCGGCCCCUCGGCGGUGGGAUGGUCGUCCAUCCGGCUGACACGACAGCCACUUGGUCCGGUUCUCGACAUCUCGCGGAACCUGGACCAUGUCGCGAUGCGUCAUGUCGACGCCGUCCCCUCCGUAGGUCCCGAGGAUACGCAAUUGGAGGCUACCGAGCAGGAUCCAGAGGCCCUCAUUCGUCCGCCCGACUCCAACACCGUACUCCAGGUGGAUUAUGAGAUUCUCCUUUCCCCCACGUACCAAGUCCCCGUUCUAUACUUCAUGUUGCGGCGAGGUACCCAUCUCGGUCCGAUGGAGAUAGACGCAGUCUACCAUUACCUCGUAGCGGACCAGUACAGAAAGGAGCUCCAAGACGUCGGGGUCAUGGGCGGUAUUAGUAUCGGCUACCACCCACAGUCCGAGACCCCGGUUUUCUUCGUUCAUCCAUGCAACACCGCAGACGCUAUGAGACAGAUCGCGGGGCAUCAAGACGUUACACCCGAGACGUACCUCGUCAUCUGGUUUGGGCUGAUAGGCAAUCGCCUCGGUCUCCAUUUGCCAAGUGAGCUCUUUAGGAAUGGAGAGCAAUGA